AUGUCUACCACCAACAACCUCGCCUACACGGCCCCCGUCAACCCCUCCCACACCGACCCCCAAAUCACCGCCUCUCAACUCUGGAACGGUCUCCUACUGAAAUCUCGCUCCGCCCAGACCUUUGUCGGCGGCGCCAUUCUCUCCACAACCGUGCUGGACGAAUCUGUCAACGAAGAGGGAAACCUGGUCAUCAAUCGCGAGGUGGUCUUUCGUGCCUCGCCCGAGAAGCCCGUCGCCGAGAAAGUCACCGCCUACGAGCCGUGUCGGGUCGAGUUUGAACAGCCGAAUGGCAGUCUGAUCAGCAAUGUGAUCAGUGAAGGGGCGGAGGGGGAGCUCUAUUUGACGUAUGCGUUCAAGUGGAUGCAUCUGGACAUGAGUGACCCGGAGGAGGUGAAGAUGGCGCUGGAGAAGGAGAAGAAGAUGGCCAGGGAGGCAGUGGAAGGCUCGUUGGUGGCGGUGCGCAAGUUGGUGGAGGAAGGGAAAUUGUAA